UUGGUCUUGUUCGCUUUCCGUUAUUCCAGGAAGUGUUUGACAAUAGCGGUCGCAGGGUGAACCGCACGUUUGGACAGUGACAUUUUCAGUCUUUAUCUUUAGUAAGGGUCGAAACUUAACAUGUCUGCGGGGUCUCGUCUCGAAAACGCCAACCCGGUGAUCUUUCAACGGUCAGGAGAAAGGCGGCUCACUGCCGCAGAGGAGGAGGAAAACGUUGACGACCCCAUCGACGACAGAGAAAUAUUUGAUUUGAUCAGGACCAUCAACGACCCAGAGCAUCCACUUUCUCUGGAAGAACUAAAUGUGGUGGAGCAAAUCAGAGUCCAGAUCAAUGAUGCUGAGAGCAUUGUGGGCAUUGAGUUUACACCCACCAUCCCUCACUGCAGCAUGGCGACACUCAUAGGUCUAUCAAUCAAAGUCAAGCUGCUGCGCUCGCUGCCCAACAGAUUCAAAAUUGAUGUCCAUAUCACUCCUGGGACUCAUGCCUCAGAGGACGCAGUGAACAAGCAGCUGGCGGAUAAAGAGAGAGUGGCAGCGGCUCUGGAGAACUCUUCCCUGCUUGAGGUCGUCAACCAGUGUCUGACAAACAGAAAUAUCUAAGGAGGACCACAUUUAUCUUCUUUGGCAGUCAGUCAUGGAUGAUGGAAAUAACCACACGGACCGAGAGUUUCACGAAAAGAUACAGUGUAGAACAAAACAAUAACUAUACGAUAUUUAUCUGAAUUGAAAUUAUUGAAUUAUGAAAUGCUUUUAUAAAUCCUACCAAUACAAAUAAA